AAGGCAAAAAGCGAAAGUUCGAAAAGUGUCAUAAAAGGGAAAAAAAAAAAGUCUAUUUUUUUUUUUUUAUCUUUGAUCAAUUUAAAAAAAAUAAAAUGGGUAAACGUAAUAGAGCUGCCUUAUUACCUACUCACUUGCCUCAACUUCAAAACUUGAUUAAGCGUGACUCCAAGUCAUACGAAGCCGAGUUUCUUCAACAAUGGCGUCAUUUCCAGUCGACUCUCUCGAUCUUUUGUUUGAAGCCCGAUGAAGAUUCCAAGGAGUUGUCUGAAUUAGUCACAUUCAUGAGUCAAGUGACCCAAUGUUACCCUGAAUUAACCAAGGACUUUUCUCAGCAAAUCGUCGAUCUCUUGAAGGAACAUUGUAUUGUCCUCCACCCCGAGGUCAGAAAGAGUUUAGUCCAAGCAUUGAUUCUUCUCCGUAAUAAGGGCAUUAUUGACAAUACUCGUCUUUUACCAUUAUUCUUCACGCUCUUCAAAUGCAGAGAUAAGAAUCUCCGUGAAAUGCUUUACAGUCAUAUUGUCAAUGAUAUCAAAAACUCCAACGCCAAAGCAAAGAACAACAAGUUGAAUAAGACACUCCAAUCGUUCAUGUUCACCAUGUUGGAAUCCGCCACCACCGGUAACAGUGAUGAAAACGCCAUUGCUGCCAAAAAGAGUGUGGAUGUCUGUGUCGAUCUUUACCACAAGAACGUCUGGAACGAUGCAAAGACCGUCAAUGUCAUUGCCGAAGCUUGUUUCUCUCCUGUCACCAAGGUCUCUGUGACUGCCGUCAAGUUCUUCUUGAACAGUAACGACCAUCAAGAAGAAGAGGAAGAGGAUGAAGAUAUUCCCGAUCUUAAAAAAAUGCAAAUGGCUCAUCAACAUAACACCAAGACAAAGGCCAAUGCUCGUAAAAUGGAUGCAGCUCGUAAGAAGGUCAAGAGAAAGUCCAAGAAUAAGGACAAAGCCGAGAGUUUCAAUUUCUCCGCCCUCCAUCUUUUAAACGAUGCUCAAGGUUUCGCCGAAAAAUUAUACUCAAAGUUGAACGUGAAGGAUGAUCGUUGGGAAGUUCGUCUGAUGAAGAUGAAUUUAGUCUCUCGUGUGAUUGGUAUUCAUCAAUUGACCAUCUUGGGCUUCUAUCCUUUAUUGAUGAAGUAUUUGCAACCUUCUCAACGUGAUGUGACCAUGGUCAUGGUCUGUGCUGCUCAAGCCUCUCAUUCUCUCGUACCUCCCGAUAUCUUGGAACCCGUUCUCAAGGCCAUUGCCAAUAACUUUGUCACUGAUCGUGUUGCCAAUGAAGUCAUGGCCGUCGGUAUCAAUGGUAUUCGUGAAAUCUGUAUUCGUCAACCUUUGGCAAUCGAACCUGCCUUGUUGCAAGAUUUAACACAAUACAAGUCGCAUCGUGAUAAGAGUGUCCUCAUGGCUGCUCGUUCUCUUAUUGCUCUCUUCCGUGAGAUCAAUCCCGAGAUGUUGCUGCGUAAAGAUCGUGGUAAGACUGCUACUAUUCGUAUGAAGGAUGGAUCGAUCCGUACUGUACAAUAUGGUGAAGCCUCUACCAACAUGUCUGGUCUUCAAGGUCUUGAACUUCUUGAUCAAGCUGAGAAGGAUGAAGAUUGGGGAGAUUGGGAAGUGGAUGAUUCUAGCGAUGAUAGUGAUGAAGAAGGUGAUGGCUGGGUCAAUGUGGGUAGUGAUGACGAAGAUUUCGUUAAUGUGUCUUUGGCGGAUGAAGAGAAUGAAGGUUUAGACGAUGAGGAAAAGAAGAAGUUACAAUACAAGGUGGGACCUAAUGGAGAAAUUAUCAAGACCCGUCGUGUGGGUAAGCGUCAAUUGAAGAAGAUGAUGGAUGCGGAAGAACAUACCGAGAUCUCGGAUGAACAACGUUUGAAGUUAUUAGAAGCUGUCAAGGCACGUCGUGCUGAAGAAGCUGCCAAAUAUGAAGCCUCUAUCAAGUUGGCUACUACACGUAUUUUAACACCUGCAGAUUUUGCUCGUUUGAGUGAACUCAAGACCACCAAUGAAAUCGAGCAAGCUCAAGGCAAGAAGCGUGGAGCUGAGGAAAUCCAACAAGAAGGAGAGAUUGAUGAAUAUGCUAUUCUCGGUCCUCGUAAGAAGGCAAAGCAAGAUUAUGAGUCAAGAAUGGCCUCUAUUCAAGAAGGUCGUGAAGGUCGUGAGAAGUUUGGUUCUAACAAGGGUAAGAAGGAAAGAGGUAGUACCACCAAUCGUGAGAAGGCUAGAAAUAAGAAUUUCUUGAUGGUGGCUCACAAACAAGCCGUUGUUUGGAAAUCUAAGCGUAGUUUGUUCGAUAAGCAAAAGACUUUACGAGCAGCUAUUGUCAAGCAAAAGAAAUCCAAGCAUUAAUCUAUAUAACCUUUGUUUUUUUUCCCCUCCUUCUGUCAUUUUAUCCCAUUUUUAAUAUAUAAAUAAACACGCAUUGUCUCAAUUUACCAAACAUUGAUCAGUUAUGUGUCUCGCUUGCAAUCACAUGGAAUCAACAGAAAAAAGGUGAGGACAGCUAGA